UUUUUACAUCCACUUUUUGGGACAUAUUCGUAUAAUCAUUUGGGGAAACUGCAAACAGAUUUUUCUUUAACAAAGAGCCAUUGCUUUUAUCACGGAUACGCUGCUGAGGUUCCAGCAUCAAUGGUGACACUCAGCACUUGCUCAGGUCUCAGGGGCUUGCUGCAGUUAGAGAAUAUCACUUAUGCAAUUGAGCCCUUAGAAUCUUCAGCAACAUUUGAACACAUACUUUACGAAAUAAAAAACAAUAAAAUUGGUUAUUACCCCUUUAAAGAAAACUUCAACUCCCAGCAAAAGAGUCAAUCUUACCGAAUUCUUGUAAAACCGGAGAAAGGUUUGGAUGUGUCACUAGUGAAGAGAAGUCUGAGGGUAAAGAUCAUAAUGGAUAAAGCCAUGUUUGACCAUAUGGGCUCUGAGGUGGGAGUUGCGACUCAGAAAACUGUUCAUAUCUUUGGUCUCAUUAACACCAUGUUCUCCCAGCUGAAGGUGACGGUGAUGCUAACCUCUCUGGAGGUCUGGUCAGACCAAAAUAAGAUCGACACAAACGGGGAUGCUGAUGAAGUCCUGCAGAGGUUUCUGUUUUGGGAACAAAAUCAAGGACACCGAAGAGCCAAGGACAUAACAUACUUACUCCUGUAUAAAGAGCAUCCUGAUCAUGUGGGAGCGACAUAUCAAGGGAUAGCCUGCAAACCAAAGUUUAAAGCAGGAAUUGCUCUGCACACGAAGACGCUGACUGUGGAGGGCUUUGCUGUUGUUCUGUCACAGUUGCUGGGAAUUAACCUGGGACUCACAUAUGAUGAUGUCUACAAUUGCUUCUGCUCAGGAAGCACAUGCAUAAUGAAUCCCUCAGCAAUACAUUCCCAAGGCAUAAAGGUGUUCAGCAGUUGCAGUGUGGAUGGAUUCAAGCAUCUGGUUUCACAGCCAGAACUAGACUGCCUGAGGGACAAGCCAGUGCCAGAACGUGCUGUCCUACCCCAAAGCUCAACGUGUGGUAACCGCAUCCUGGAGCAUCCAGAGCAGUGUGACUGUGGCCUUCCAGAGAACUGUUCUCAUACAAAGUGCUGUAACCCUAAGGAGUGUACACUGAUUGGGUCCGCGGAGUGCGGUACAGGGCCCUGCUGUAAUAAACGGACAUGCAAGGUAGCUGAAAGAGGAAGCAUGUGUAGAAGGAGUAAAGACCUAUGUGAUUUCCCAGAGUUCUGCAAUGGCUCAUCGGAAUACUGUGUACCUGACAUUAUAGCUGCCGACCUAGAACCCUGCAACAACAACACUGCCUACUGCUUUGGUGGGGUCUGCCGAGACCUGGACAGGCAAUGCUCAGAUUUGUUUGGAAAAUAUGCUAAGGGUCCUACUUAUUUGUGUGUACAAGAAGUGAACUUUCAAAAUGACAAAUUUGGAAACUGUAGAGGACGCUGUAAUUAUAGUGAAGUAUUUUGUGGAAAAUUGGUUUGUUACUGGAACUUUGCAGAAGUCAUUAAAACAGACAAAUAUGAUGUCCAGUAUACUUACCUUGCAGACCAGGUGUGUGUGUCUGCACAUUUAAGAGUCCCUGCAGAAAUAGAUGACACCUAUGUUCAUGAUGGCACUGUCUGUGGUGAUGGCCAGGCUUGUAUCAAAGGGAAAUGCUUGCGUGUGCAUGCCUAUAGAGGACACAGGGAAUGCGAGCCUGAGGAGAAAUGCCAAGGAAACGGGAUUUGCAACAUUUUAAACAACUGUCAGUGCGAACCAGGUUACGCCCCUCCAGAGUGUGACAUGACACCUUCAUCUCCAGGAGGGAGCUUAGACGAUGGAUUUUGGCUGCCCCUUGAUAAAAGCACACCUUUGGUUGUCAUGCGGCGUGGUGCUCAUUACAAAAAAGGGCUUUUGAUCGGUCUCUACAUUUUUCUGGCUUUCCUCGUGGUGACUGCCAUCAUGAUCAUUAAGAGGAAUGCAACAAAGGGAUCCUGGCUCAGAGAGGAAGCAUUAAGCAAAGGGUGUGGGAAUAUGGGGCGGCUUCUGGCUGUCUACAGCAGCUGA